UUUAGAUACAUAUCUUAUCUUCUUUCCCUCUCUUUCUCCAAAUCUGUUACUCCCACAUAAUUGUAGCACUUAAAAUUCUGCUUUUCCAACUCGUCAAAUACACCAAAUCCAAGAAGAGCACAAGUAGCACAAAAAUUAGGGUGUCUUGUUACUUAUAUACACAUACACAUAUUUCCUUAACAUCUGGAAAAAAAAUACUACAUUUCAAGAAAUUGAAAAAUGGUGAUGUCUACAUUGUUGAAAUUUCUAUACCCUCCACCCCCAUCUUUGUAUAUUAAUACAAUGUCUGUUAUAAGCUUUGCUGCAAUGGCAAAUGGUGGAUUCUCGGAAAUCAAAGGGAAGCAUAUGCAGUAUUCCAAGUUCAUUGGAACAACUAAAAGUGAAAAUGAGAAGGCAAGAAUUGAGAGUAAAAAAGGCAUGCUUUUGUCGUAUAGUCCUGCAUUUCUUGCUGGUGUUGCAUCUUUUGCAAUUUUCCCAGAUGGGGAUUUAAGGUUUGCUUUGGUGUGUUCUGCUUUAACCAUACAUUUCUUCAAGAGAGUAUUUGAGGUCCUAUUUGUUCACAAAUACAGCGGUUCAAUGGAUGUUAAAGCUACAAUUAGAAUAUCAUUUAGUUAUUUCCUCUUCACAGUUACCAUGAUUUAUAGUCAACACCUAACUCAAGGUUUGCCAGAGCCAUCAAUUGAUCUCAAGUAUGGUGGAUUCAUAAUAUUUUUGGUUGGUAUAAUAGGCAACUUAUACCAUCAUUAUUUGCUUUCUAAAUUGAGAACAAAGGGUGAAAAAGAGUACAAAAUUCCUCAAGGUGGCCUAUUCAAGUUUGCCAUAUGCCCACACUAUCUCUUUGAGAUUCUUAUCUUUGUAGGAAUUUCUUGCACUUCUCAAACCUUAUAUGCAAUUUCCUUCACAUUGGGCUCUACCUUUUACUUGAUGGGACGGAGCAUUGCUACAAGAAGAUGGUACAAGUCAAAGUUUGAUGAUUUUCCAAAGGAUAUCAAGGCACUUAUUCCUUACAUAUUUUAGGCUACUUUAUAUAGGGGCCUUCAUUUUUUGUUUAUGUACCUAUGUUGAACAAGCAUAGUGUCACGCCCCGAACCAUGGCCUGGACGUAACACGGCACUCGGUGCCUGACUGCAUGUAACCGAGCGAAUCACAUGGCUUGCUGAACUAUUAUGAGACAUACAUGAGCGGAAAUAUAACGUGAAGUUCAUGAUGAGCCUUUAUAAAAACAUAGUAAGUCAUAAUAUUAAAUAUAAAUACUUGUUUAAACAUGAGUGCGGAAAUAACAUGAAUGAGCCAAAAUGGCUAUACGACUCCGAAUGUCUGGCCUGACAUAAUUGACUUGUCUAGUCUAUGAAACCUCUAUCAUGAGUCUGACUGGAAAACAUACUUACUGGGACAAGGCCCCCAGCAUACCUUCAGAUGCAUAACUAAGCAUAAAACAAAAGUUGACUAAACCCCGAAUGAGAUGGGGCUCACCAAUAAGCUGAUACGAAUGC